ACAAAACGUGACAGACUGCCCGCGCAGCAUCUUGGACGUGCCUGGACAAUCGACACUCCUUCAACUCAUCGCCCCACGCUCCCCCUCCCUCGCUCCUACCUCUCUCUCCUCGGCUUUUAUUCACAGCGAUAACUCUUCAUCAUGCUGGUUCUCGUAAUAGGCGAUCUUCAUAUUCCCAACAGGGCACACGACCUGCCUGCAAAGUUCAGGAAGCUGCUUGUCCCAGGAAAGAUUCAGCAGAUAAUCUCUACAGGAAACAUUUGCGACAAAGAGACGUUUGACUACCUCAGAUCAGUUGCAGGAGAUAUCCAAGUUGUCAGAGGAGAUUAUGACCAGAACCCAUCUUGGCCGCUUUCAAAGAUCAUCACGCACGGCCCAAUUCGUAUUGGUGUUGUACAUGGACAUCAGGUCAUCCCCUGGGGCGAUACCGAGGCUCUCAAUAUCACGGCGCGCCAGAUGGACGUCGAUAUCUUACUCACCGGACACACACACAAGUUUGAGGCGUUUGAGCACGAGGGCAAAUUCUUUGUCAACCCAGGGUCGGCCACUGGAGCGUACCAUCCACAAAUCGAGGACGUGAUACCGUCGUUUGUGCUGAUGGACUUGCAAGGCUCGGUUGUGGUGCUCUAUGUAUAUCAAUUGAUUGAUGGCGAGGUUAAGGUCGAGAGGAUCGAGUAUCGAAAACCAUUCGAUAGCCGCGGCGUGUAAACCUCCAACAUCGACUCUCCGUCCUCGUCCUUUCGCUACUUUACCACCAAUCUCAUACAAAAAAUAAAUAAAGAUAUAUCGAUUGAAGCUGC